AUGUUAAACGAAGAAUUAACAACAUUUGAUCGAACUGAUAUUGAUCGAGACGGCACAAUAACACCACUUGAUUUUGAAAUUCUAGCUGAUAAACUUUCAUCACUGGUUGGACAAGGUGAUUCAAAACGACGUGAAGAUUAUGCCAGUGCUCGAAAACUUCUUUGUCAAGAGAUAAUGCGAGCUGAUGCAAAUCAAGAUGGAAAAGUAACAUUAGACGAAUGGCUCCAAUUUCAUCGACUUCUUGCCGAUGAAUUACGUAAACCAGGUACACAUCCUGAAUUAUUAGAGCAAUUAACUCGACGAAUCAAUACAACAUUUAAUAUGCUUGAUCUUAAUCAUGAUGGUCAUAUUGCACGAGAUGAAUGGGUUAAAACGUGCCAAUUUUUUGGUGUUGAUAAAGAUACAGCUGAUAAGACAUUUACAGCAGUUGCUCAAGGAGAAAAACUUGACGAAAAGAAAGCUAAAACCCUUUUCUAUGAUUACAUUAAAAUUGAUGAUCCAAAUCAUAUAUCAAACUGUUGUGUAUGCUUUCUUUAA